AUGGCUGAUACUGCAACUGCUGCUGCUGCUCCGGUCGCUGCCUCACCGGCAAAGGCACCAAAAAAGGCCAAGGCAUCCAAGGGAGACGCCAAGAAACCAAAGAAGCCAGCAACUCACCCUCCAGUGAACGACAUGGUUUUGGCCGCCCUCAAGACCCUCAAGGAACGUAACGGAUCCUCGCUGCAGGCCAUCAAGAAGUACAUCGCCGCUAAUUACUUAUGCGAUGUUGCCAAGUUGGCUCCGUUCUUGAAAAAGGCCCUGAAAUCGGGUGUCGAGAAGGGCACACUGGUCCAGACUAAGGGAUCUGGUGCGUCCGGCUCAUUCAAGGUUAAAGCCGAUGCAAAGAAACCAGCUGGAGAGAAAAAGGCCAAGAAACCUAAGAAGGAAACCAAAGCUAAGAAACCUGCUGGCGAGAAGAAGGUUGCCAAGAAACCAAAAGUCACCGCUGCCAAGAAACCAAAAGCCACCGCUGCCAAGAAAACCGGUGAGAAGAAGGCCAAGGCAGCUCCUGCUAAAGCGGCCAAGAAGGCUGCUGGAGUGAAAAAAGCUGCUGCUCCAAAACAGAAAGCCACAAAACCAUCGAAGACCGCGGCCAAGAAACCGAAAACCCCGAAACCGAAGAAGGCUGCUGUUCCGGCUAAAAAGGCUGCCCCGAAAAAGGCCGCUGCCAAGAAGUAA